GGAGGGGCGGCGGGCGCCCAGGGAGCCUGGCGUUGGCAGCGGCUCCCGCGGUUAGGGGACCGAUGUCGCUGCAGCUGCGGCCGCCUCCUCCAGGGCCGGAGCUGCGUCGCCCAGGCUGAGCCGCAGCCGCAGCCGCAGCCGCAAGCCGAGCGGCCGCCGGGCUCGCCCCAACCCGGGAGGAUGGGCUGCGGCGGGAGCCGGGCCGAUGCCAUCGAGCCCCGCUACUACGAGAGCUGGACCCGGGAGACCGAGUCCACCUGGCUCACCUACACCGACUCGGACGCGCUGCCCAGCGCUGCGGCCACCGACAGCGGCCCCGAGGCGGGAGGCCUGCACGCGGGUGUGCUGGAAGAUGGACUGUCCUCUAAUGGCGUGCUCCGAUCUGCAGCCCCAGGUGGACUAGCCAACCCAGAGAAGAAGAUGAACUGUGGGACACAGUGCCCCAACUCCCAGAGCCUCUCGGGCCCUCUGACGCAGAAACAGAAUGGCCUUUGGACCACAGAGCAGGCUAAACGGGAUGCCAAGCGGAUGUCUGCAAAAGAAGUCACCAUUAAUGUCACAGAGAAUCUCCGUCAGAUGGACAGGAGUCAAAGGAUGGCAAAGAACUGCAUGAAUUAGCAGUGCCUGGAGGGAGGAGCCGAUGAGCUUCUUUGUCAAAGAAUCUUGAAGAAGUGGGUGUUGCUUACUAAACAUGGCUGCCUCUGUGCAUCUGGAGAGAUGGCUUGACCAGGCAACACUCGGCCACGUGAGCUGUGAGACCCUACUCAGCGUCCUGUUUAAUCACACACAAGAAAAAAAACGUAUUGAAAAGUCCCGAAACAUGUUCACAGAUUGCCAAAACGUGGCUUGUUUUUCCCCCUUUGCCUUGGUGACCUAUGUAGGUCUGUGGAUGACACAGACAUGCAGGAGUAGUGUGUUUCCUGGGGCAACGAUCACACAUUAGCGUGAAGCUCACACAGUGUGUGAUCCUAAACCCUUCCUCCUCUCCUCGUAAAAAACAGCUAUCACAAAAUUGACCGUUUUCGCAUCAGAGCUGGCUCUCCCCCCGAUUCUAAACCCAGAAAUAAUAAGAACUGGAGAAACAGAAAAACCCAGUUGGAGGCAGAGCAAUCCCCGCUACACACGCUGACUCACCAGUGUCUUUGUGGAGUGUCUUCGAGAGAGGUGUCAGUGACACGGUCACACCUGUUUAUCUUCUACCUGGAAAGGCCUCCCAGGCUGGCAUCCAGACAUUGGCUUCCAAACCAGAAUAUCACGAUGUCCGUGGCCAUUGCAUCCAACCUGCAACCCCCUCUGGAACCUAGCUACGGGUCUUUUUUUUUUUUUCUUUUUUUUUUUGUAGCUUUCCCCUUCCGUUUUAUUCUCACGACCUCCAGUCAGGUCAUUUGCAAUUGGGAUCAAAGACUGGAUACCGCAUACAGGAGAGAAGUGACCUGGAGACACAGGGUGGCACACGUGAUGCCCCUUUUGGCUUUCCUGUGCCGGCCCCAAGGACUGCGUUAUUUUGGUGUCUGCAAAGUAAUUCGUUGAGGAAGCCAGAACCCGGUGGAUGUAGAUUCAUGUUGACCUUAGACUGACAGGGGACUGUGUUGGGAAGCAGGUGGCCAAUGUAGUAAAGGGUGCUCGGAGAGGAAUCUUUUCCUAGCGUUCCUAAACACUUCUUCCUGCAAAGUCUAACGCAGCAUGAGUUUGAGGGUACUGUUAACAUGCUCGGGCUUAGGAAAAGGCAUAGACAGAGUUGUACCAAAAAACUGUCCCAACCAACUCCACCUUUAGCAGCAACAGCAGCCUGGUGACAUGUUUAUCUGACACCGUCCAAGAGGUAUAACCUCAGCGGACUAAAAUGCAGAUGUCCCUUCUGUGUUAAUAUCAUCUCUGAUAUUAUUCCUCCAACACAAGCAGAACGGUAGACCGUCUGUCUGUUAGCAAAAAACGUUCACUGCCAACCUUGCGACAGCUACGGUAACAGACGUGGAGGGAUUUGGAGUCUGGCCAGUCACGACUGUAUCCUCUGACUCUAUAGGCUGGGUUGAUACCCAGGAGACGAGCAUGAACCCUACGGCACAGGACCCGUCAUUGCGGCGGGGUAUCGCUUUUAGGUUAAAGGUAGCUUCCUGUCAAUCACAGAUGUAGGUAUCUGCCCCAUCACUGUCCAAGAAUUUGCCAUAUACACCACAGUUUCCCCAAACCUCUCCCAUCUCAACUCCGUGUCAAAGGGCUUUUAGGGAACUUCAUGUUCUGAGAAUUUAACUAAUAAAAAACAAAGCAAGCCCGGGA